GACUGCUUUACUACGUUUACAUACAUACAACUUGCAGCAUAAAGAGGAGCGAAAACGAAUCCACAAAUAUAAGUGUCGUCCCACGGGCGCAGUACCCGAUAAGUCGUUAACCUUGAGUGCAUAAUACAGGAGAAGUUGUUAGGUAAGAGAAACAAGCAGACACACAUUGAAUAUCACUAGAGCUGCAAAUAGAGAAAAUGGACGGCGCGCGACUUGCCGGACGCAUCGACCACGGGCUGCAGCGGCAUUUGCCACCGCAAUAUCUAGGACAGGUCUGAACUCUCAAAUGCGAGUGAUCAAAAUUCGACAAUAAUGGGCUUUUGUCAUCCAUAUCCAUACUGCCCUUGACAUUCUCUUUCCUCAUAAAAAGACUUUUUACGACGUGGGAGGCUGUGUUGCUUCUACUACUUAAAGCUGAAACUUAGAUUACAGACAUCAAUUUUUGGUUUUUCUUGUCAAGUUAGUUGCCUUAUGCUUAUGGAUCAAUGCUACUCAGUCUUUCCACUUCAAACAGCGGUCGACGCCAUCAUCAAGUCAAACGAACUGGGCCACGCCAUCUAUUAUGGCUCGUUGUAUUUCAACAACAUCCUUUUCCUGCUAUUUAGAUAAUGAUCUUUCGUCUCUAGUACUUAAAAUGAAUAUCGUCAUGAAUCCUGGACGAGGUUGUGAAUGAAAGAAGUAGGACUAAAUCUACUUAUCAAGCUCAAAUAUCGAAGUUGGUAUGAUACAAACUCCUAAUCACAAUUCAACCCGGAAAACAAGGUUCUAUUUAUCAUCUAAGAUGAUGGUGAAGGAGCAGCUCCAGGAAGAGAGAGACUCCGUGUUCAAACGUCUAGGACUCUCAACAGAUGCUGAAUUCGCGUCGGAACAAGCUAAGUCACGGAGCCUAACCUCUGGCAUCUCGUCCGGCGUUCCAGGUACCGUGAUGCUAGUUUUUCUAGAAGAUCAAGAUUCAAUUUGUCGUAGAUUCAAUUUGUCGUGGAUUCAAUUUGUCGUAGAAAAUCAAGUAGAUUUAGUUUAUUAGUUACUAACCUCAUUCUCAUUGAGAAAUCAUGUUUACAAUGCCUGACUAUGUCGUCAUCUGACACGACGUCAAAUAGCAAGAAGUGGCCAACUCAUAUCUGAUUUUCUAAACGCCAGGCUAUCCUCCUACAUUCGGCGCACCCACAACAGCGGCUCCGACCGUUGGUGCGGCGCCGCGAAUGGAUGACGUUCUGCGUAAAAACACUGCGCAUUACGCAUCCUCACAAGUAUGAGAAAGGAAAUUUUUGACCAGUUUAAAUCCUUUUUCCUAUAGAAAGCUGCCCCUCGGACAAACUUGUUCACCAAGGAGCAGAACCAGUCUCGUUUACUUAUACUUAGCUAGUCAGUGUCAAAAAACCUGUGCAUCUUUGAUCAUACCAGAGCACGACGUCAUCUGCGCGCAGUGGGUCGUCUAGCUCAACUGCAGGGCCAAGACCUGGAGCGACUCCAGUGACUGGCCUCGGCAACUACGCAAAUCAUAGCACAAGUACCAGACUCUCAGGCGGACCUAUGGCAGCCUGCUCCAGUGGUUAUGAAUCAACAUCCCCUACGCAUUCAUCUACUUAAUCCUUCAUGAUAAUUGAAGAUAAUAGGACCAGGUGUGGAGCCUCGGUGGAUUUUUAGACUUGAGACUCAACGAAUAGAUCUCUGUUUUUGUACCUCUACAACUUCCACUUCGGUCAUCGAUAUUUAUGGUCCCCGCCUUCAUAUUCGGACUAAUAGGACAAAUACCAAUACGUACGCGAGUUCGGAAGAAUCUGACGUGCUGAAACGUCUAGGGCUCUGUUCGAACGAGGACUACGAGCGACAGACGCGCAGUGAACUGCAAGACGCCGUGCGCUCUUUGCGGCACAUGCAGGAAAGACUUGGAGGGGGACUGAUGUAG